AUGCAGGAGUUGCAUGAGACGAAACUCUGGUUUUCGCAUAUCCGGCAAGUUGAACAAGAGAUAUCAUUGAGGACAGAAGCUGGUCUUUAUUAUUCCUAUUAUAAGUUUGCCGUUCAUCCAGAGAUAACAUUUAAUAGCAUAAUUUAUGCGCUGGUGCAUGAUAACAGCACUGAAUUCCCUCGUCAAAUUAACGUAUUCAAGCGAUUCAACAUUUAUCAAGAGUUGAUUCUCGCUGUUUUAUAUAAAUUCUUUGCAUCUUUCCGAUUGUUUCGAGACUACUGUUUGCCGAAACCAAUCCUAUUUUAUGUCUAUUCAUGCUUUACCUUUGCCGGAUUUGGUGUGACAACAUUAUUUCUUCUUGCUUGGGCUGUAACAGGAAGCUGGCUAUAUGGAUUGCUUGUUUUCACAUGGAUGCUUACAAACAUCGAUGAUAGCACUCGAGUUUUCUUCACUGUUAAUUUGCGAGAAAAUUUUGCAUUGCCAUUUUUUUGGUUGCAAAAUGCCUGCGUUGUUAUCAUGCUGCGACUCUCUGAUGUUGCUUGCAAGAAAUAUUACUUCAUCUUUUUCUUGUCCACCUUCUUAUUUGCUCUAUUUUGGCAAUUUACUCAGUUCAUCUUAGUGCUGCAGUCGAUAUCUAUGGUUGCAAUGAGUCUGAUUAUACCUCGUCUGUCAUCCACCAUUAUUUCAUUUCUCUUGCUCCAAUCACAAGCAUUUUUCCUGGUUAUAUUAGCGCAAUUUGGCCAGCCAAUGAAUAUUGCUUCCAUUUGCACAACCUUUAAUUUAAGCUCCAUUGUUAUCCUUCAUUUAACAACCAACAUGAAAAGCAAUCGAGUGAGUAUAAUAUUUCUGAAGUCAGUUUAUAUCGUUGUAUUAACACUGUUGUUAAGCUGGUUGAUUCGUUAUCUUGUGGGUGCUGAAUCUGACACCCAUAUAUGGACUUUUGUAAAAGCUAAAAUUGGUUUAAUUUCCAGGUCCUCAGUACCCUUCGAAACUGCCUUAUAUUUGUGUCACGGAGCUUUCGCUUAUUUGGAUGGUGACUUUUUUCGACGAACAUCGCUGAAUGGUUGUUUUCCGUUGUUCAUAGCGGCAAUACUGAUUGUUACCCUAACGACGAUAUAUUCACUUACUCUGCAGUGCUGCGAUCAAGAAUCUGCGCCUGCAUUUAUUGAUCAUUUUACACCGGAAACAAUUUUUAUCGUUAUUCAGUCAAUGUUAUGUGGAAUAGUUGCUGUUUUUACUCUCCGAAUGAAGUACCUUUGGUUCCCACAAAUUGCCCUUGUUGCCUGCAUAUUACCUGUGAUGAUUUCGAAAUACUCGGGACGAUUUAUUGUUGAGAUGGUAAUAACAGCUACAAUCACAACUCUGUUGUGCAGUCAUUAUGGUGUUUAUAAGGAACAGUUGGCAAAUGAACAGGAAUUUUAUGAUCCCGACACUGUCGCGUUAAUGGAAUGGAUCAAAAGGUCAACGCAACCUUUAACUUCAUGGUCAGGAAGUAUGCAAUUGAUGGCUGGAGUGAAAGCUUGCACGGGAAGAUAUUUGGCUAAUCAUCCACAUUUUGAAGAUAAGUGGUUGCGUGAUCGGACAUUACAACUUUACCAGAUGUAUGGUCGAAAAACACUCACCGAAAUGCAUAAAAUUUUGACAGCUCAUAAAGUAGAUUAUAUCAUAUUGGAAGACAGUAUAUGUCUGGCUCCCUCAACAGGAUGCUCAACAAAAGAUCUGGUGGAUGCUGCUAAUGGUGAUACGCCAGAAUACGUCAUGCAAAAUGAAAUAGAUCCAGAGAAAUCAUCGCUUAAUUUGCGGUUCUGUGAUCGAAUACGUUAUGCUGAUAAUGAAACAAAACAUUAUUUUAAAUUAGUAUUUGAAAACUCCACUUUUCGUGUCUAUGAAGUACUCAAUGGCACCUAA